CCCGGAGCACGCACGCGGCGAUCGGCGGUGUGCCCUCGUGAGGAGAGGAGAGCCAGUAAUCGGCAUUUCUUGGAGGGGACAUGUACACAGAUCAUCAGGGCACAAAUGAUCAGUGUGCCCUGAUGAUCUGUGUAGCCCCAGCAGUGCCACCUGUCGGUGUCCAUCAGUGCCAGCUCUCAGUGCUCAUCCAUGCCACCUGCCAGUGCCCAUCAGUGCCACAUAAAUGCCACAUAUCAGUGCCCAUCUGAGCUGCCUUUCAGUGUCACCCAUCAAUGCCAGUCACUGCCACCUAUCAGUGCUGCCAAUCAGUGCCACCUAUCAGUGUGCAUCAGUGCCGCCUAACAGUGCAAGUCAGUGCCGCCUUUCAGUGCCCAUCAGUGA